AUGAGUUUCGUAAACGAUUUGGAUGAUCUGUGUGAUUUUAGUAAAUUAAGUCAAAAGUGGAAACAAACCAAAAAUGAAUAAGUAAGAUAGCCUUCUCCAAGUCCUUCAAAGACUGAAUCUGAAAUUACUGCUAGCAAAUGUGUGACAAAUCCUUGGAACAAAGAAAAUUUUGUGCCUAAUAAUGAGGAAGCAAAAAAAAAUGUUAGCAAAUCUAGAAAUCAUGCUCCUCAAAUAAUUGAUGAGGACACUGAAUAAUUUAAAAUUAGAUUAGAACAUAUUUUAAAUGUUUUUAAAACAGAGGCCACAAGUGAAUUUAUGGCUAUGAAGAGAUCUAUGUUGGAGGAUUAAAAAUAAACAAUUAAACUAGACACUGAAAAGUAUUUGUAGAUGUACGAAUUAAAAAAUAAUGAAUUGUCUCAAACAAAAGAAUAAUUGGCAGAAUAAAUGAGAAUUUGCAAUUAGAUUACUGAGAGAUCAGAAAAAAUAGCAUAAUAUUGUGGUAAAAUGAAGAAUACAAAAAGAAGAUUGUCAGUUUUAUUAAAUGUCUUUAAUAGUUUAAAAUAAUAUACAAAAUAGUCAAUAAAGAAGAAGCAUGUAAUAAAUAUAUAGCUAUAAUAGAAUUAAAAAAAAGGAACAAAGCAUUACAAGUUAUAUUUGUAAAGAUGGAUAUUUAAUCUAUGGAAAAAGUAGUUCAACACUCAAAUUAGAAUUAAUUAAUCUGAAAAAUUAAAAUUGUCUCAUUAAAGUGAUGUUGAUUUAUUGAUGGCUAAAUUUAAAAAAGAAUAGCAAUUAUUGGAAUAGAAAUUAUUGGAAGCCACAUCUUAACUAGAUGAAGCUAAUAAAGUUAAAUUAUCGAUGUAAGAAAAUCUAAAGAGAGCCUUUAUGAGAGGAGUCUGUGCUCUGAAUUUCGAAGCCAUGAAUGUUUUGAAUGGAUCUUCUCAAUAAAUGGAAUUGGAUUCCUUAGCCACUAAUUUAUUAAUGAAUCCCUGUUAAUAAUCUACUACAUAGUAAUAAUAAUCAACACUUCAUUAACCAUAAUAAUUUAAUUAAUUAAAUGAAACAUUGAAUUUAAAUGAAAGCAAAGAUCAUUGGUAGAGAUAGCAUUCACCUCCUAAAAAUAUAAUUUAUCAUCAACAAAAUCGAUUAGAAACAAACGAUCAUCGUUGGAAAGAUGCCCCAAUUGUUGGAAUUAAAUAGUUAUCAGAAAUUCCUGAAAAUUAGAGUAUAAAUAUGUCAAUAUCGAAAUUAGUAUAACAAGAUGAUCUAUAGUUCGAUAAAGAUGAUGAAUAGAAUGAAGGAAAAGUUAUUAAGGUAACUUUCGAUAAUCCUUCAAUUACGUAAGCAUAGACACAGUCUGUAAAAAAACAAACAGUUUAAGUCAAAUAGCCAUAAACUAAAUAACCAUCCAAAUAGACUGCUACAAACAAUUCCUCAACAUUAAAGAAAAAAUGA